AUGGCUGCAUUGACCAAGAAUCUCAACCCCCACUUCUCCCAUGUCCAUCCAAACCACCAUCUCAUUCACAACACAACCGACCAAGCCAAUUACAUCUGCCACGCCUGCAAAACCACCGGUUUCGGCGACAGAUUCCAAUGCCACGUCUGCAUCGCCGAAAUCCACGUGUACUGCGCUAAUUGCCCCCACCAACUCUCCUCCUCCUUCCACAGCCACCCACUCUCUCUCAUUCUCUCUAAACCCCAAACCCAUCACCGGACGACGACCAUCUGUGACAUUUGCCGUGAAUCCAUCGACGGCGUGUCCUACCGUUGCAGCCACUGCGACUUUGAUGUUCACCCACUUUGUACUCAGCUGCCGGAGAAGGUUCGCCACGUCAUCGACGACUACCAUAGCUUGAGGCUCCAGAAAUCGUCGUUUGGGAAUUGUGGGGUUUGUGGAAUUGAUUGUUGUUCUUUGUGGGUGUACGGAUGCGAUGGUUGUAGAGUCAACGUACAUAUCAAAUGUCUUCGGAAGUCGUACGGUCCAAAGAAGAGCAGCGGGACACGUGGGAUACCACAUGCUCCACCGCCGUCGACGGCGGAGAAGCCUCAUUUUAAUGGUGGAUUUCCGCCUGGUUAUGGAGGGAAUUAUUAUUAUGGGUAUGGAUUCCCUUGGGGUGUUCCGAAUUCUUAUUAUGGGUAUCCUGGAUAUCCAUUUCCAUACAAUAAUAAUAUCCCCAAUUAUCCGCCAUAUCAUGGUGGAGAACAUGGGCAUGGGCAUGGGCAUGGACAUGGAUCUUCAUCGUCGUCGUCAAAUUGGGGAUCACUGUUCGGGACUACAAUGUUUUCUCUGAUUGGAAAUAUAGCUUCAGGUGCUAUCAAUGGUAUUCUUUUCGGAUCCAUUGGUUUUUAA